AUGGAAGAAUAUAACACAUCAAACAAAAAUCAAAAUGAAGGUGAGAAUACAAACUCUCACAUGGAGGGGCGGAUUACGCGGGCCGGGAUUGUGGCUACCCUGGAGGAAGUCACAGUAGACCAGGACCCCUGCACGAUGGCGAGAGCGAUCUCUAAUGCUGCAAUCGCUGCUGCUGCAUCAAAAAGAGAGCUCUCUAUAAGGGUCACGAGAUGCGACUCGCAGCUGAGCCUGACCUCAUCUGAGGAAUCUUGCAUAGGGGCGAGGACAAGAGGGAGAACAGGCGUGUCACCAGCCUCAGGAACGACGGCGGGCAGAUCAAGAAGCCCCUCUAGAAUAAGGAAAACGGGAAAGGAGAUGCCCUCGGAGUGCAGCAGCCUCGACCUAGAAUGGGAUCAAGGCAGCGUAAGCACAGAGAGGGCGGAAGUGCCCUUUGUCCGCGCGAUUAAUAGAAAGAUCGACGCGGAGAUAGAGAAGCAAGGAGGGAUACCACAGGCUGCAGAACUUCUGCAAUCAACGGAGGAACCUCAAUACGAAAGCGGAAGCCAGGAGGAUGAAGAUGGAAUCCCCAUCAUUAGAGAAAAGAGAGGGAGAGGUCGCCCCGAAACAACCGGGGCAUACAGAAAGAAACAAGAGGAGCAGGCCCAAAAAGAGAAGGAAAAGGCCCUGCAAAAAGAGAGGGAGAUCCUCGUUUCAUCGAUAAAGCCGGGUUUAACCAAGUCCUAUAAAGAAUUCCUUGGCAGUAUUCAGGACAAGGAAGAGGAGCUCCGGCAGGCCCCAAUUGCAGACCUUGAGGCGUUGGUGUCGGAAAGAUGCACCGACAUAUACAAGGUCGCGAUGAACUCGGGCAACCUGAAGGGCGGAUUCACAAAGGCUGCGAAGGAGGCUGCUGCAGACAUGUGCGCCGCCGCGACUGUGCUCGCAGUGAAAGCGCAGAAUCCCCAAGAAACAGGGAUAGAAGAGGAAAUAAGGAGAAUGCGACACGAGAUGCAUCUUCUUAGGAUGGAGAACGCGGAACUCCGAAAGACCGUCGAGAAACUCAAACGGACCAAUAGGAACCGCGAGGAAGCCAGAAAACUGGCAGAGGAGCCAAGGGAGACUUCCCUCGUUAGGGAGAAAAAAAGGAGAACAGAGAGGUGGAUAAAGGAGACAUCACCUCUACCAGGAGAUGGGGGAUUCCCGAGCACCGAAGCGCUGGGAAAUCCACUUCCACCCCAAGAUAGGGAGUCCCCAAGUAAUAGGGAAAGAAGGACUCAGGGUGAGGCGCAUCCACCCGAAGAUGGGGCCUCCCCAGGAGUCCACAAGGAGGAGAUAAUGGAGUGGAGGUCCGAAAUCUUCGGAAAGGAGGAGUUCCCCCCGCUCGGGAAAGGAAAGAAGAAGACGGGGAACAAACCAAGCUCGGAUGCCCCCCCUCAACGAAAAGGAAGGAUAGUGGAUAUCACGGACCAAGAUGACAAGGAGGGACACGAGGAGAGGCACAGACAGGAGUCCCUCAUAGCGAUGAUGGAGGGCAUCUGUGAAAGGAUCAUGGAUCGGAGAAUGGGGAACCCGGUCCCCACCUUUUCACAGAGGAAGGAGGCCGAAAGGGCGAAAGUGGAGAGGAAUGGAAGGGGCAGCAAGGUGAACCCACCUGCCCCACCAAAGAUGCAAAUGAGGUCGGCAACGAGGGUGAAUGGUCCAUCGGCAACAACCCUGAACCCGCCAGCGAGACAAGGAUUGCCAAGGAUCAAGGCGAUUGAAAAAGUCUCGAUCAAGAUCCCCCUGCAAAAAAGAACAGCAGGGGGAAGGAAGGAAAUGGGAAACAAAAACCCCAAUCCCAAUCCCAAUCCUCAAAAGACCGCUCCAAGAUCGGCACAACCACAACCGCAAACAGCGUGGACCACGGUUGUGUCGAGGAAAACGGCGAAGAGGGAAAGGGAGAAAGAAAGAAAGGAGACGACGCAGCAGCAAUUGCAGCAGCAGCAGCGAAAAGCCCCACCUACUACACCCCAAACAAAGGGGCAACGGACGGGACCCCAGAAGAAGAGGAGAGAACCCAGGACGGCCGCAGUCACCAUAACAUGCCCCCCUGGCGAAUAUGAGGCGACGAUGGCUGAGGCUCGUAAGAAAAUGGAGAGCCUUGAGAGCCUCGGCAUCAAAGGAGGAGUUAAAAUCAGGAGAGCGGUGACUGGUGCUCUAGUGUAUGAGAUUCCCGGAGAGGGUGGUAACGAGCUCGCGGACAAAUUAGCCCUCGGGCUCAAACGUGCCCUCUCCGGGAAAGAGGGGGUGAGGGUACAGCGGCCAACAAAAACGGCAGAACUCAGGCUAAGAGGGCUCGAUGAAGCCGUCACCCUCUCAGAGAUCCGGGAAGCAAUCUCCAAAAGUGGAAACUGCGAGGAGGAAGAGAUCAACGUGGGGGAAGUUAAAAGAGCGCCCAACGGCAUAAAGAUGGUGUGGGCCCGUUGCCCCCUUAGAACAGCAAACACCAUUGCCCAAAAGUCCCAUAUUCAGAUAGGGUGGGCAAUGGUCAGAGUGGAGUUAUUAAGCAAUCGCCCCCUCCAGUGCUAUAAAUGCCUGGAGGGAAGCCACGUAAGGGCCAGGUGCCCAAACAAGGCGGACCGCAGCGGUAGAUGCUACCGCUGCGGGGAGGAAGGGCACAGAGCCAGCGGAUGCGAAGCCCCGGUGCACUGCGCGGUGUGCGGGGACAAAAACCUCCCUGCCAAUCACAGAACGGGGGGGAAGUCCUGCACACCGGUGCAGAAAGGAAGAAGGGGUGUCCCAUUAAGCAAGGUGGUGGGAACCCCUAAAGGAGCCGGGGCUGCGCAAAUGAAGUGGAGCCUGUGCGGAGUGUCUCUCCCCCUCAAACCGGGGAGGGACCCUUGGAGCAGAGGCUCCCUAGAGCUAAAGGAGGAAGAAAGCUCGCGGAAGAAACGACCCCCUCCGGAAACCAGGGCGCUGGCAAGAGACAGCGCCUUAGGGAAAAUCUGGAGGGGGGAAACGCCGGCACCAUGGAGGUGUCGGAAGAAGGAGAAGUGUCUAAAAUGA